AUGGAGAAUAGAGCAGGUCAACUACUAUGUGGUGGUUUUCAAGGAACAAAAGUUACUUCACAAGCUUAUCAUUUAAUUGUUGAACAAAAAAUUUCAUCAAUGAUAUUAUCAAGAAAGAAUGCAAUAAAUGUUGAACAAAUGUCAAAAUUAAUAAAAGAUUUACAAUAUAUUGCGUUUACUGAAGGUAGAUAUAAAUAUCCUUUAAUGUUUGCGAUUGAUGAAGAAGGUGGGAUAAUGAAUUCAUUAUUUGAUCCGGAGUUUUUAACUCAAUAUCCUAGUGCUAUGGCUUUGGCUGCAACAGGAGAUCCUCAAUUAGUUUAUGAAAUUUCAAAAGCUAUAGCUAUAGAAUUAAAGAAAAUUGGGUUCAGCAUAAUAUUGGGACCAGUUUUAGAUAUUGUCACAAAGUUAUCACAUCAAUUACUUGGAGUUAGGAGUUUUGGUACAACUUUGGAAAGUGUACAAAAAUAUGGAUUAAUGUGUGCGAAAGGGCUAAGAGAUGGUGGAUUAUAUACAGUGGGGAAACAUUUUCCAGGAAUGGGUAAUGCUACUGUUGAUUCUUUUUUGGAGUUACCAGUCAUUGGAGAAUCUUUGAUUCAACUAAAACAAUUUAAUGCAUUACCAUUUCAAACGUUAAUAGAAGCAAAUGUACUUGAUGGUGUAAGUGCCGCUGGUUGUGCCGUUCCAAACAUAAGUCCUGAUGAAACUCAUGCAUGUUUGUCACCUAUAAUUUUGACUAAUUUACUACGAGGUGACCUAAAGUUCAAGGGGUUUGUAAUAAGUGAAUGUUUGGAAAUGGAGGCAUUAUAUCAUUCUAUUGGUUUAGGUCAAGGUGUAAUUUUGUCAAUAAAUGCAGGCUGUGAUUUAGUUAUGGUCUGUCAUGAUUUAAAUUUACAGAAUGAAGCAAUUGAUUCAAUUAAAAAGGGGUUGAGAAAUGGUAAUUUAGAUGAAGAAACAGUAAUGGCAAGUCUAGAAAGAAUUGAAAAUUUACAAAAAAGGUUACCAACUUGGAAAGAAAUUUUUCCUAAUGGAUCUAUAUCAGCAAAACAAUACCCAACAUUAUUUAAAUCCGAAUUCCCUGACCAAUGGCAAAAGCAUCAACAAUUAUCAGCUUUAGCUUAUCAAAAAUCAAUCACAUUAGUACGAGAUUACAAUAACUUACUACCAUUACCAAAGCAUUUUAAAUCUGACGAAGUUGAAUCGAUCUUGGUGCUAAGUCCCUUAUUGAUACCUGUAACACCAAGAAAGAAAAAUGCAGCAACGGAAAGGCUAUUCACUGGUGAAGAAGUCUUUCAAUGUUUUGGAGAAUACUUAUCGAAUCAUAAAUUAAAUAAAGAUAAGAAAUAUGUUGUGCUACAUACCACAUAUACUGCAAAUGGUUUGACACCACUACAUGAAUCACUAAUCGAAAAAUCUAAAAUCGUAAUAGUAUUUACAAGUGAAGUUUCGAGAAAUAUGUAUCAAAAUGGAAUUGUCAAGUAUGUUUCGAUACUAUGUGGUGCAACUCCAACGUCAUUUAAUAGAAGAGAUGGAUUGUCACAACUCAAAAAACCAUUGAUAAUAGUGGCGACACUGUCACCUUAUGAUUUCUUUUAUGAUAAAAAUAUGGGAAGUGCAUAUAUCUGUUGUUAUGAUUAUACAAGUAAUGCGUUGAAUAAAGUAGUUGGAUUAUUAAUGGGAGAUUUUGAACCUGAAGGUUGUAUACCAGGAGAGGAACAAAAAAACUUUGUACAUAAGAAGCAAAAAUUAGAUGAAGAACAACAAAAGCAUAAGUCACAAAUAUCAAUUUCAAAACAACAAAUUAAAAGAAGGUGGCUAGUAGAUGAAUUUGAUAUGUCAAGAGAUUUUCAAAGUUUAAUUAAUUUGUGGAAAGAUAAUACAGAAAUUGAUGAAAUAUAUGAUUCAAUAAGAUAUAAUGAUGAACAAUUUUUCAAAAGGUUGAGUGGAUUAUUAAAUACUUCAAAUCAAAAACUUUUUGUUGUGAGAAAUUCAUCAUUAAAUAUACUAUAUGGAGUUAUACUAACGUGGGUUGAAGAAAAUAUUGGUCACAUCAUAUAUAUAAUAGUUGAAAAGUCAAAAAGAUUUCAAAGUAUAGGUAAAAAUUUGACGGCUAGAGCCAUAAGAUAUUUAAGUAAAGAAAAACAUUGUACUGAAAUACGAUUAGGAUCAUCAUUUCCAUUAAUAAUGUUUCCAGGCAAUAAAAAUUUAAAUUCAGAUAAAUUUUUUCAAAAUCUAGGUUGGGAUUUCAAUGGUAAUAAUAAAUCUCAAGAAAAAUAUAUAAUGAAAUUAGAUUUAACAGAUUGGCAAGUACCACAAAGAAUAUUAAAAGAAUUAAUGAUUGUUGGAGUCAGAUUUGAUAUAUGUAAUGAUUUAAAUCAAUUGAAUAAAUUAUUAUCCAAAAAUAAUUUAAAACAUUAUUAUUCAAAUUUAACAUUAAAUAAUAAAAUUCCAAAUGAAGUUAAAAUAAUCAUUGCAUUAGAACCAAAUACUCAAAAUAUUAUUGGAAGUAUCAUAUUAUUUACAAAUAAAUCACAAAUAUCAAAAUAUUUUCCAUUUAUUGAUCAAUGUAAUGAAGAAAACUUAAUUAAAAUAAAUGAUCAUAAUGAUAAAAACAUUUCAAUUCAAAAUUUACCAUUAAUUGGUGGUAUAUUAGCUCCAGUUGUAGAUGAAAGUUAUUCAAAUUUAAUUGAUAUUUUUAAAUAUGGAUUAGUUUGUAGUGCAAUAACAAUGUUAAAAAGUUCAAAUUCAUCAAAUAAUCAAAAUAAUGGAAAAAAUAUUAAUGAUAUAAAUUCAUGUAUAAUGAUUGAUGUACCAAAUGAUAAAUCAAUAAAAAGUAUUGAAGAUAUUGGAUUUAAGAAAUGGAAAAAAUAUUAUGAUUAUUAUAGUAAGAAAAAUAUAUCGGAAAAACUGAUUAAUUAA